AUGGCAUCAUCAACUUCAUCUAAUUCACAACAACCAGAUGAUUCAUCUGAAAAAAUUGCUCAACAAUUUCUUUCAACUGCUAAUGAUUAUUUUCGUUCGGAGAUUAAAUGUAUGGUCUGUUUGUGGUUUUCUUUUUUGCUAGGACAAUUUUAUAGUUUUUCUAUUCUAUUUGAUUUCUGAUACACUAAUAAGAGAUAGAGAAGAAGAAACGAUUGCUUCAUGUAAAAAGUACUUCAAAAACAAAUAGUACUUCAUAUUUGAUUGCCACUUUUGAUACUGAUGAACUACUCAUCUAUAUAAAUAAUAUUUUUAAUUGCAUUGAAUGCUUGAAAAUUUUAUUUAUGUAAAUGGAAUAUUUUAUGAGUUAGAAGAGGAAAAAAGAAAAAGAUCUUGAUUAAGAAGAUUCAGUGAAUGAAAGACUUUUUUUGUUUUGAAUAUAAGCUUAUGGAAUUAUUUAUAAAUCUUCUUAUGCAUAAAUUAUAGAGUCAUAGGAAUGUAAAUUGAUCUUGAGUGGUUGUCUAUCAAACAAGACAAUAAUUCUAUGCAGAAUUUUCAAUAGUCUCUAUAAUAGAGCAUUUGUCAACAUUUGACUCUCUGAACAUAAUU